AUGUUUCAAAGAUGGGACUCUUCAGACUCAGAUUCCAGCUUCAGCCCCACGGAGUCUGAAUUAUCUGUUGGCCGAGCAUGCCGGUCGCUGAUACAGUUUCUUCUCUGCCCUCCUUAUGGCGGAGAAAUGACAGAGGGACCGUUUGGUUGGUCUCCUACUCAUGAAACUAUUCGAAGUGAGUGCGUUGACUUGUUCGCUUUGUGCAAGAAUUCAAAAGACUACGACGAUUAUGGAAACCGAAUCAAUGUUUACUCUGCUCUUCGCAUGGAUGGAAGCUACACAAACAAUAUAAUCGGCAUGAAACACAUUUACGCAGAAUCCGAUGGAUCCGAACUUGUCAAUCCGACUCUAGGUGUCACAAAAGGAUCGCUAUCAACAACGAUAGCGAUAUCGGAGAUGUCAAAAUCAAGCUUCGAUGGAUAUUUGAUCAUUGUGAUGAUUGUGCUUUUAUCCAUUGGAGUAAUUUAUCUGAGUUUAUUGAAGAAAUCAAAAGAAAUACGAGAAGAAAAAGAAGACUCUGAGAAAUCACCUUCUAUUCUUGUCUGA